UUCUUCGAAAAGAUAAGGAGGAAGGUCCCGAUCUGAUCAUAUUGACACCUACAUGUACCUCUAGUAUCUUGCAAGAGGAUUUAAAAAAACUUUGUGGAUAGAGCAUCCAUAAUCUCCGAUUGCAACGUCAUUUUUGCGGAUGUGGAUCAUUAUCAAGUGAAUGAAAUUCAGGCAGCAGAUAGAACUUUGGAACAAGUGGUUCGAUAUUAUUUGGAGAAAUCCCAUAGACAAGAAGCAUUGGAUCAAUUUGUAACAGAUACACCUUCUGUAAAUAUAAUUGGGAUUCUGACUCUGGGCUUUCAUAAUCGACACGAUUGUCGCGAGUUGAGACGUUUAUUGAAAGAUCUGGACAUCAGAAUUAAUCAAAUAAUUCCUGAAGGAGGAUCUGUAGAGGAUCUGAAAAAUUUACCAAAAGCUUGGUUCAAUUUAAUUCCUUAUCGUGAAGUGGGCUUAAUGACAGCGAUGUAUUUGAAUAAAGAAUUUGGAAUGCCUUAUGUAUCUACAACUCCUAUGGGGGCUGUAGAUAUGGCCGAGUGCAUCCGACAGAUAAAGAAAUAUGUUGAUACCUUGGCAGCUCCUAUUUUAUCAAGCAAAAGGGUUGAUUACGAAUCCUAUAUCGAUGGACAAACUCGAUUCGUUUCCCAAGCUGCUUGGUUCUCAAGAUCUAUCGAUUGUCAAAAUUUUACGGGGAAGGAAACAGUGGUUUUUGGUGAUGCAACUCAUGCUGCUUCAAUCACUAAGAUACUUGCUAGAGAGAUGGGAAUUCGUGUGAGUUGUACAGGUACUUAUUGUAAACAUGAUGCAGAAUGGUUCAAAGAGCAAAUUCAAGAUUUUUGUGAUGAGAUAAUCAUCACAGAUGAUCAUGCUGAAGUAGGAGAUAUUAUCGCUCGCGUGGAACCCUCUGCAAUAUUUGGUACUCAAAUGGAACGUCAUAUUGGUAAACGUCUUGAGAUUCCCUGUGGAGUUAUUUCCGCACCAGCUCAUAUCCAAAAUUUUUCCUUGGGAUAUCGACCCUUCCUGGGUUACGAAGGUACUAAUCAAAUAGCUGAUCCAGUUUAUAACUCAUUCGCUCUGGGUAUGGAGGAUCAUCUUCUAGAGAUUUUUUGUGGUCAUGAUACGAAGGAAAUCAUGACUAAAUCAUUAUCCACGGAUAUGAGUCUAAUUUGGAAUCCUGAAAGUCAACUAGAAUUGAAUAAAAUCCCCCGUUUUGUCAGGGACGAAGAAGAUCUUUACGCAAUUUCUCAUGAUCAUUAUUUGGAUGGAUCAAGUUCCUCCGAACCGAUGGAACAUUUCAGUUUCAAUGAUCAAUUAAGUUUCCUAACUGUAAAACGUUUGAUUGGUCGAAUACGUGAACAGAAUCAUUCAAUUGGUUUAUUCGUGAAUUGCGAUCCAAAUCCAUUAGUUGAUCGCAACAAGAAUAUUGAUGGUAUUCGUGAGCCCGUUUCCGGUUCUCUUCUUUAUGGAAACAAUAUUAUCUCCGGUGCCAUUAUUCCUACCUCUGCAGCUAUCGGUUUGCACUUCUAUCCCAUCUGGGAAGCAGCUUCCGUCGAUGAAUGGCUAUACAACGGGGGUCCCUACGAACUAAUCGUUCUACACUUCCUACUUGGUGUAGCUUGCUAUAUGGGUCGUGAGUGGGAGCUUAGCUUCCGUCUAGGUAUGCGUCCUUGGAUUGCUGUUGCAUACUCAGCUCCUGUUGCAGCUGCUACUGCCGUUUUCUUGAUCUACCCUAUCGGUCAAGGAAGCUUCUCUGACGGUAUGCCUCUAGGAAUCUCUGGUACUUUCAAUUUCAUGAUUGUAUUCCAGGCUGAGCACAAUAUCCUUAUGCAUCCAUUCCACAUGUUGGGUGUAGCUGGCGUAUUCGGCGGCUCUCUAUUCAGUGCUAUGCAUGGUUCUUUGGUAACUUCCAGUUUGAUCAGGGAAACUACUGAGAAUCAGUCCGCAAAUGCAGGUUACAAAUUUGGUCAGGAGGAAGAAACCUACAAUAUUGUGGCUGCUCACGGUUAUUUCGGCCGAUUGAUCUUCCAAUAUGCUAGUUUCAACAACUCCCGUUCUUUACAUUUCUUCUUAGCUGCUUGGCCUGUAGCAGGUAUCUGGUUUACCGCUCUAGGUAUAAGCACUAUGGCUUUCAACCUAAAUGGAUUUAAUUUCAACCAAUCUGUAGUUGACAGUCAAGGUCGUGUAAUUAACACUUGGGCUGAUAUCAUUAAUCGUGCUAACCUAGGUAUGGAAGUUAUGCACGAACGUAAUGCUCACAACUUUCCUCUGGAUCUAGCUGCUGUUGAAUCUAUUUCAAUAGGCGGAUAAUACUCCGAUGGAUUUUUCUUUUGUAUUACUUAACUGAAGAGUACCAAGCCUUUCAAUAAAAUGAAAGGUUUGGUAUUCUUCAAAUGUUUGUUGUUAUUUCUCAUUCUUCUUCCCAUUCUAUAAAGAAUGGAUAUGUGCAGUUCCCCUGCAUCCAGCAGGAAUUGAACCCGCGAGUUCGCCAAUUAUGAGUUGGGUGCUUUAACCAUUCAGCCAUGGAUGCUGGAUAUAGAUCAUGAACAUAUUUCUUCUAUAAUAUGAGUAUAGACUCGGAUCUGAAAUUGGGUCGUUCGGGACCUCAUAACAUUCUCUCAUAUUGUCAAGUAUUAUCCAUAGACAUUUUACAGAGGUACACGGCUGAACAACUUGUUCGAUAAUUGGUUGGGAGCUAUAAAUUCUCUUCUUCUUGAAAGAAAAUUCUCUUCUUCUUGAAAGAAAAGAAAUGACCGUAGAUAGAGACAAUUUAUUUGUUCUUCCGGGGCGGACGUAGCCAAGUGGACCAAGGCAGUGGAUUGUGAAUCCACCACGCGCGGGUUCAAUUCCCGUCGUUCGCCCAUAAAAUAAGAGAAAAACCGGACUGGAUCCGAUUCUUUUUUAUUUUCAUAUUUCAGUGAAAAAUUUUAUAUUUAUUUUGGAUAUUUUCUAUCUAUGUGGUAUAAUGGUAUUGGUUGGUUUGUUGACACGAGCUUUCCAAUUAUAUUAAAUCAAUAUUAUGUGAUCUAUUCUAUUAAUUGGGAUGAAAGGGGGUAAAAAGAAAUGAAAAAAAGAAGAUCCUGGAUAGUGAAAUUGAAGGAGAUACAAAGCUAUCAAUUUCUAUGCAAUCCAUGGACCGAAUCCAAUUUGGUUAGAUUUUUAAUGAAAAUCCUUUCGCAUCGGGAGCGCCUUAUAAAGCUCUUUGCCCUUAGAAUUCUAAGUACGUUACUUUUACGCGAUCUACGUAACAGCAAUCUAUAUUUUUUGAUCAAAGGUGUAGUAGUACUUACAUUAUCGGUCCUUAUAUAUAACUUCAAUCAUAAAAGUAGUAUGAUUGAGAGAAAAAAUUUCUAUUUGAUGAAACUCUUUCCUAUACAUAUAAACAAAAUGGAACUUGGAAAUGAAACAUCGGAAGAAUUUUUAAAGCCUUUCACUAAAAAUUGGUUGAUAUUUCCGCAUCUUUUCCUGUCUUUCCAAUUGAAAAGAUCUUACAAUCGAUCCAUAG